GUGGAGCAGCAGAGGGCUUGGGCCACCAUCGGCCGCACCUACAUGUUCAUGGCCGAGAGCGGCCAGCUGGAGGAGGCCCUGCAGGAGGCUGAGAAAGCCUUCAUGAAGAGCUUGGCUAUUCUGGACGAGGAGCUGGAAGGGCAGGUGCCGCAGCGGGAGGAGAGCGAGAUGAGGUCCCGGCUCUACCUGAACCUUGGCUUGAUCUAUGACAGCCUGAAGAACCCAGCCAUGCGCACCUCCUACAUCAAGAAGAGCAUCUACAUCUCGGAGCAGGCCCACCUGUCGGAAGACCUCUUCCGAGCCUACUUCAACCUGGGCAACAUCCACCUGCGGGAGAAGGAGCAUUCGCAGGCCAUGCGCUGCCUGGAGCGCGCCCGGGAGUGCGCCGGCAAGAUGAAAGAGAAGUACAUGGAGAGCGAGUGUUACGCCAGCAUUGCCCAGGUGCUGCUGGGUCUGGGGGAUUUCGUAGCCGCCAAACGGUCCCUGAAGAAGGCCUACCGCCUGGGCUCCUGGCAGCCCCAGCAGCGGGACAGCAUUGGCCGCAACCUGCGCUACGCCACGAAGGUGAGUCGCUUGCAAGAAGCCCUGGAGGAGGCAGAGGCCACCGGCGACCUGGGGGCCGCCCUGGGACUCUCGGAGCAACUGGGGGACCUUUUCUGCAAGGUGGGCGAGUAUCGGCGGGCUGCGGAGGCCUACGAGAAGCAGGAGCAUCCAGUAAAUCCCCGGGAUUAUUGCGGAUGGACCCCUCUUCACGAGGCCUGCAACCAUGGGCACCUGGAGACCGUCCGCUUGCUGUUGGACCACGGCGCCAGCAUCGAUGACCCCGGGGGCCCGGGCUGCGAGGGCAUCACCCCCUUGCACGACGCCCUCAACUGCGGCCACUUCGAGGUGGCCGAGCUCCUCAUCCAGAGAGGCGCCUCGGUGCUGCUGCGCAAUGCCAAGGGCCUGAGCCCCCUGGGGACCCUCCAAGCUUGGGUGCAGCUCUACGGGAAGGAUCUUGACCUGGAGACCCACCAGCAGUGCAGAGCCAUGGAGAGCUUGCUACGGAAGACCAUGGCGGAACAGGGUUCCCGGCCCCCGCCUCCCCGAGGAGAGACCCCCAGCCAGCUCUUCGACGCAGAGCUCUCCGAGCCCCAAGCACCCUGUUCUCUGAGCCCCUCUCCGAAGUCCCCAGGCGCCCGGCAGCACCAACCAGAGGCGGACGAGGACUACAUGGCCCCUCUGAGGCCGGUCAAGAAGAAACAGCGGCUAUUGGGCCAGACCCUGGUGGGGGAGGCAAGGCCAGCCCCCCCUGCAGACUACCAGGCCGCUAUGCUUGGGCUGGGCAGUGCCCCCCUCCGCCUCCCUCCCAGCCCCCAGCGGCACAAGGGACCCCCCAGACCGGCUCUCAUCCCAGCCGACGAGUACGUGGGAGACGAUUGGCUGGAGGACGACCUGGCGCCGGGCAUGGGGUCUCGCAAAAGGUCCCGCCGGAGCCCAGCCGGAGUUUGGGGGUCCGGGUCAGAGGACAGCGAAGGGGGGCCUCCUUGCCAGCCCCCUGAGACUACCAAGAAGAGGAGGAGACCAGCCCGCCAGACUCGCCUCACUCUAGACCGGGCCUUGCUGGGGAGGAGCCGAGGGGCCGGCCCACCACCCAGAGCGGAGCCCGCCGGGGAGCCCAGCAGCCUUCUGGAAGGAGCCGGCGGCAGCCCCACUUGGCGGGGAGACAGCCCACCCUCGGGUGCCGUGCAGUUGUCAUCGCCGCCUGUCCGGGUGCGAGUGCGAGUUCAGGACAGCGUCUUCCUGAUUCCAGUGCCACAAAGCGAGGGCGAGAGCCGGCCGGUUGCGUGGCUGGCCAAGCAGGCCUCUCAGCGCUACUACCAGACCUGUGGCCUCCUGCCCCACCUGACCCUCCAGAAGGAGGGGGCCCUGCUGGCUCCGCAGGACAGCAUCCUGGAUGUCCUGCAAAGCAACGAGGAGGUCUUGGCUGAAGUCCAGUCCUGGGACCUGCCGCCCCUCCUGGAGCGAUACCGCAAGGCCUGCCGGACCCUGGCGGUGGGAGAACUCCCGCUGCUGGGGAAGCUCUUGGAGCGCCAGGCGUCGUCCUCGUCCUUCAGCGCCUCCGGCACAGCCCUGGGCCAGCGCCAGCUGCUCCCUCUCCUGCGGGCCCUCAAACUGCAGGCUUCCCUCCGCCAGCUGUGCCUCUCUGGGACCGGGCUGGGGGACGACUCGGCCGAGGAGCUCCAGGCCACGCUGGGCACCAUCCCUGGGCUGAAGGGCCUGGAUCUCUCGGCCAAUCGGCUGGGCCCCGACGGGCUGCAGAAGUUGGUUGUGGGCCUCCCCGGCUCCUUGGCCUUCCAGAACUUGGAAGAGCUGGACCUGAGCUUGAACCCCUUGGGGGACGGCAGCGCCCCAUCUCUGGCCUCGCUGCUCCAGGCUUGCCCCGUCUUGGGCAGCCUCCGAUUGCAAGCCUGCCGCCUUGGCGCCACUUUCCCGGAGCCUCACUCUCUGCUGCUGGGCAGGGCCUUGAAAGGAGCUGUGCACCUCAAGAGGCUCAGUCUGUCCCACAAUGCCCUGAGCUCCCGGGGGCUCGGGGUGGUGCUGGAAAGCCUGCCCUUCGAAUCGCUGACCCAUCUGGAGGUGGGCUCCCUGGAACCCAGGCCGGGGGACCGGCCACAGCUGAGGGACACCCUGGUCAGAUACCUGAGGCAGGAAGGCUGCGCCUUGACCCACCUGGGACUCUCUGGGAAUCACCUGGACGACCAGGAGGUAUCCGAGCUAGCCAGGAGCCUCCUCGCUUGCCCGUCCUUAGCCUCGCUGGACCUGUCCGCAAACCCGGCCAUCAGCAUCCUCGGUCUCCGGACGCUGUUGGUCACCCUGGAGGAGCGGAAGCGGGGACUCCAGUCCCUUAACCUGGCCGGCUGUGCUAUCCGUGGCCCCUUGGAGACCGCCACGUGGACGAAGCUCUCCUCCCUGGUGGGUCAGCUGCAACUCUGCAGCCGGUUGCUAAGCAGGAGCGACCAGCGGGACGUGGCCCAGCUCUGGCGCACCCCGGCCAACGCCUCCCUUCAGUCCGUCACCCGCCACCACAAACUCUUCUGCCAGAGCCUGUAG